UAUACAUCUGUAAUAGGAGCUCUUCCGAAUCAUCAACUGCCAGAAUGAAGACAGUUGUUUUACAACUUUUAACAUUUAUUGUCUCAUACUCCAGUGCCUCUGUUGUUAUGACUGGUGGAGGAACUUUCAAGCUGAUCAUGGGAUAUUCUAUUCCUGUGGAUGUUCCAAUGCCGAUGGGGAUCAACUACGUUCACAACUUCCAGUUCCAAUAUCCUACAGUCACCAACGCGUCACAGGUGGCGUAUGUACAACAAGGCGCGAGGGACAACCAGCGGCAACAACGAGCAGUCACUCGUAAACACGUAUACAAUAUCAUCCAGGACAUGCUGCUACACAGUGGGUUGGACGGAUCUUGCCUGCUUCGCUCAGUCUGUGAAAGUAGUGAAUCUCCCAUAAUGCAUAGUGGUCUCAUCGGUGAACUAUUACAAACUUUACUGACGCCGCAAGAUCCAGACGAGGACAGCGAGUAUGGGGCAGCGUGGAGGGCUGGACUAGAGGGACAGAACUGUUCUACCCUCUACCCGCUGUGUCCUAGAGGACUCACCAUGCUUGAUCAAUUCAGCCACUACUACAUGUAAUGAGUUAUUCUCAAGCUGAUCCAUGUGAAUCUCUCAUUUGCACUUCAUUGUAUGGUAGAGGAUAUAAGAGAGAUAUUUUGUCAACAAUUUCCAACUUACAAACUCCCUGUAAUCUAAAAAGUUUUCAGGCCACA